UGGUCCCCCCCGAGGCGAUGCUGCCCCAUUUAGCGCUCCUCCUGCUGGCCUGCUCCUGCACGGCCCGGGCUGUCGAGGUGCCUACUGAUGGAAACGCUGGCUUGUUGGCAGAGCCCCAAAUUGCCAUGUUUUGUGGCAAACUCAAUAUGCAUAUGAAUGUUCAGAAUGGAAAAUGGGAAUCUGACCCCUCAGGGACCAAGACCUGCAUUGGAACAAAAGAAGGGAUUCUGCAAUAUUGCCAAGAAGUUUAUCCUGAAUUGCAAAUUACCAAUGUUGUGGAAGCCAACCAGCCUGUGACAAUCCAAAACUGGUGCAAGAGGGGACGGAAGCAGUGCAAGAGUCACCCUCACAUUGUGGUUCCCUACAGGUGCUUGGUUGGUGAGUUUGUGAGUGAUGCCCUUCUGGUGCCAGAUAAGUGCAAGUUCCUCCACCAGGAAAGGAUGGAUAUAUGUGAAACUCACCUGCACUGGCACACUGUUGCUAAAGAGUCCUGUAGUGAAAAGAGUAUGAAUCUGCAUGAUUACGGUAUGCUGCUGCCCUGUGGAAUUGACAAGUUCCGUGGUGUGGAGUUUGUUUGCUGUCCAUUAGCAGAUGAAAGUGACAAUGUUGAUUCAGCUGACGCUGAGGAAGACGAUUCCGAUGUCUGGUGGGGAGGUGCGGAUGCAGAUUAUGCAGAUGGAAGUGAUGACAAGGUGGUAGAAGAGCAGCCGGAGGAAGAGGAGGAAGUAACGGACGUGGAGGACGAAGAUGCUGAUGAUGAUGACGAUGAUGGUGAUGAGAUUGAAGAAGAGGCAGAGGAACAGUACGAAGAGGCCACGGAAAGAACUACCAGCAUUGCUACCACAACCACCACUACUACCGAAUCGGUAGAAGAGGUUGUUAAAGAGGUGUGCUCUGAACAAGCUGAGACUGGUCCUUGCCGAGCAAUGAUCUCCCGCUGGUACUAUGAUGUGACUGAACGAAAGUGUGCACCAUUCUUUUACGGCGGAUGUGGUGGGAACCGAAACAACUUUGACUCUGAGGAAUACUGCAUGGCAGUCUGUGGCAGCGUCAUCCCCACCACAGCUGCCAGCACUCCUGAUGCUGUUGACAAAUACUUGGAGACACCUGGUGAUGAGAAUGAGCAUGCCUAUUUCCAGAAAGCCAAGGAGAGACUCGAAGCCAAGCAUCGUGAAAGAAUGUCUCAGGUCAUGAGGGAAUGGGAAGAAGCGGAACGCCAAGCAAAGAACUUGCCAAAGGCUGAUAAGAAGGCUGUUAUCCAGCAUUUCCAGGAGAAAGUGGAAUUACUGGAACAAGAAGCGGCAAAUGAGAGACAGCAGCUAGUGGAGACUCACAUGGCCAGAGUGGAAGCCAUGCUGAAUGACCGUCGCCGCAUUGCUCUGGAGAACUAUAUCACAGCUCUGCAAGCCGUCCCUCCCAGACCUCGCCAUGUGUUCAAUAUGCUGAAGAAGUACGUGCGUGCAGAGCAGAAAGACAGACAGCAUACCCUCAAACACUUUGAACAUGUCCGCAUGGUGGAUCCAAAGAAAGCUGCCCAAAUCAGAUCUCAGGUUAUGACACACCUACGUGUGAUAUAUGAGCGCAUGAACCAGUCUCUUUCCCUUCUCUACAACGUACCAGCGGUUGCUGAGGAGAUUCAAGAUGAAGUGGAUGAACUGCUUCAGAAAGAGCAAAACUACUCCGAUGAUGUCUUGGCCAAUAUGAUCAGUGAGCCCAGGAUCAGCUAUGGAAAUGAUGCCCUCAUGCCUUCAUUGACUGAAACUAAAACCACAGUUGAACUUCUUCCAGUUGAUGGAGAAUUCAGCCUAGAUGAUCUUCAGCCAUGGCAUCCUUUUGGUGUUGAUUCUGUCCCAGCCAACACUGAAAAUGAAGUUGAGCCAGUUGAUGCCCGCCCAGCUGCAGACAGAGGACUGACCACAAGACCAGGUUCUGGGUUAACCAAUGUUAAAACUGAAGAGAUCUCUGAAGUAAAGAUGGAUGCAGAGUUCCGACAUGAUUCAGGAUAUGAAGUGCAUCAUCAAAAAUUGGUAUUCUUUGCUGAAGAUGUGGGUUCAAACAAAGGUGCCAUCAUUGGACUAAUGGUGGGAGGUGUUGUCAUAGCAACAGUCAUUGUCAUUACUUUGGUGAUGCUGAAGAAAAAACAGUACACAUCCAUCCAUCAUGGUGUAGUGGAGGUGGAUGCUGCAGUGACACCAGAGGAACGCCACCUUUCCAAGAUGCAACAAAAUGGCUAUGAAAAUCCAACCUACAAGUUCUUUGAACAGAUGCAGAACUAG